AUGGUGUCCAUUCUCCUACGUUCUACGUUGACGGUGUCCAGCAUAUCAACGCAAUCCAAUCCAUCCUUUAAUCUUGACCCGACACCCUCUAGGUUAAAUUUUCUUUUGUAUCUUCUUAUAUAA